AUGAUGACACCAGCUUCCAAGAAAACAUUGUACUUAGCAAAUAUAGCCGCUCUUGGCCUUAUCUGCUCUGUUCUUGCAUUCUUUCUGUAUUUUGAGCCUCCAUCUCUUGUUUGCCCACCUACAUCUACAUUACCUGAUGAUGGAAAUUAUGAAGGCAUGGAUCCAAAUGAAAAACCCAUAGUCCUGCUGUGGUUCUGGCCUCUCGGUCAGAAGUUUGAUUUCAAAGUUUGCUCUACCUACUUCAACAUCGAUAGCUGUGUUCUGACAGACGACAGAUCCCUCUACAGCAAAGCACAGGGGGUAAUUUUCUUCCAUAGAGACAUAUUCUGGCAUUUGCAAAACAUGCCGCGGGGGCCACGUCCAGCUUUUCAGAAGUGGAUUUGGUUCAAUGUGGAAUCCCCGACUAACACCGCAAAGAUACCGGGUCUGGACAACCUGUUCAACUUAACACUGAGCUACAGAAGAGAUGCUGACAUCACGGUGAGGAAUGAGCUCACUAUUAGGGAGACAGAAAUGAAAGAGGACUUUAUUCUGCCCAAGAAAGACAAACUGGUGUGCUGGAUUGUCAGCAACAAAAACCCAACCACUGGAACCGCUGUGAGAGAAAGAUACUAUCGUGAAUUGUCCAAACACAUUAAGAUCCACGUCUUUGGUGCAGCCUUUGGGAACCGAUUGAGGUACGAAGACUAUUACUCAACCAUUGCUAGCUGUAAGUUCUACCUUUCAUUUGAGAACUCGAUCCACAGAGACUACAUCACAGAGAAGGUGAACGGGCCCCUCGUGGCGGGGACGGUCCCCGUAGUUUUGGGUCCUCCGAGAGAAAACUACGAGCAGUUUCUUCCCUCCGACGCCUUCAUUCACAUAAAUGAUUUCCCUGAUGCAAAGUCACUGGCUAAGUUUCUGCUGGACAUGAAGAACGAGACGUACUCGCGUUACUUUGAGUGGAGGAAGUUCUACACAGCCACCCCUCAUCUCCUGACAAUGAACGAGGAAUUCAUUCAGCCCAUCUGCCUCGCCUGUGACCACAUGUCAAGAGACGGGGAUUUCCAUGUAGUUCAUGACCUUUAUAAGUGGUACUCUACAUGA